AUGCCGGCAGAGAAAGAGUCAACGACCCCCCACAGCCACGUCCCCUACGGGGCCGAAGGUUCGGGGUUUUAUUCCGACAACACCAUCGGCUGUUACAACGUAAUCCAGGCCUCCAUUCCCAUCGUGAUGGACGCGAUCAACUCCAUGAACCUUGACACGGGGAGGACGUUCACCAUCGCAGACUACGGAACUGCUGAUGGAGGGACUUCCAUGCCCAUGUUGUAUCAGGUCAUCAAGUUUCUACGAGCAAAGUAUGGAGAUGCCCUCCCCAUCCACGUGGCCUAUGAGGACCAGCCAGUCAACGACUUUAAGUCCCUGUUCCUGCGUCUUCAAGGCCUCCUGCCCAUGCCUGAGAACAACAGCUACUUCAAGGACUUUGCUAACACUUAUGUGACGGCUUGUGGAACUUCAUUCUACGCGCAGUCUUACCCCCCAAACUUUGUGGACCUGGGUUUCUCAGCCACAGCGAUGCACUGGCUGCAGAAGAAGCCGUGUAACCUGACGGACGCGCUGCACCACACGUCUGCGGGGGUUCCCCAGGAGAAACAGCUGUUUGCAGCACAGGCAGCACUGGACUGGGAACAGAACCUGAUGCACAGGGCGAAGGAACUCGCCCCUGGGGGUCACUUGGUGAUCGUGAACUUCUGCGUGGAUGAGAAAGGUCGUUACCUCGGCAACACGGACAAGAAGCAGUCCAUGUUCGAGCGGAUGACAUCACUGUGGAGGAAGCUGGUGCAAGAAGGGACCAUCACUCAGGAAGAGUUUGUGAACACGACCUUCAUUAACUACUACCGCUCUGUGGAGGAGGUCAGCGCUCCGUUCAAGGACGAGUCGUCACCUGUCAGGAAGGCAGGGCUGUCUCUGGUCUCCGUGGAGACUAAGGUGACAGAGUGUCCAUAUUGGGCACGCUGGAUGCGGGAGGGGGGCGAUGCCAAGGUUCACGCCAAACGGUUCAUCCCCACAACUCGCACCUGGAGCAACCACACCUUCCUGUCAGGUCUGUCUGACAGUCGCUCUGCGGCAGAGAAAGCAGCGAUCGUGGACAAGUUCUUUGGGAUGUACGAGGCGGAGGUGGCGGCUGCACCCGCCGACCACGGCAUGGGAUACGUGCACACCUUCAUCCACAUCAAGAAGGACAACUAAGUUCACAACUGUCAUUCCCUGACACCCCCUUUUCACUAGAGGCUGAGACCACAGAGGCUAAAAUUUGACAGAUUGCUCGAUGAAUUUCCUAGGGAACAAGUUUUUUGUUCCGUUGUCAUACUUUUACAUCUUGCAUCAUACUCAUAGCAAUCUACCGCCAUUGUCAGAUUAUGUAAGUUCUUAAUAAACCAAUCAUCAAUCAAUCAUGAAAUCAAGGAUCACACAAAUGCAGUUUUGGUCCCUCAGCGAUCAGUGUCUAGUGAAGGGGAUGGGGCAUAAGCAUCAGAAGAUGUAUAAAAUCUUCUGUUUUAAACCUUUGGUUCUCAAAGAUGACUUAGCCAUAACUUCCACUGCGAGUUAGGGGCUUUAAGUAAGAUUUGUCCUCACAUGUUAGUUUUGUAUUGUAUUAGAUAAUGUUGGACAAAAAGAUCAAUACCUGGCCAAAAUACUGCAGCCUCCAAAACUACUGGUUAUGUUAGGAUGGAUUCACCACAUGCUCAGUACCUACAAUGUAGUCUAUAAGCUACCUCACUAUUCUAUUGUAGGCUCAUUUAGACACUAUAUUUGUAUUGCCUACAGAGAAUUUUACCAGAGACAGAUUUGGUAUCAAAUAGAGAUGGAUGUGGUGUUGAAUUUUUGGCAGAUUCCAACUUGAAAACAUUCCUUUUAAUUCUACCAACCAGUUUUUUUUCUUGUAUUAAGAAAUUGCUCUGUCAAAACCAUGGCAAGAAAAACUAAUAUGGUUUUGCCAUUUUAAACAAUGGAGGUAUGGACAGGAUACAGAUCAACAGUUUUGCCAUAGGGUUCUUGUGCAUAUUAGUAUGCAAACCAAAAGUGUUUCUUUUAUAAUGUACUUCUUUACUUCCAUGGACAUUAUAUAUGAAGAAAUGGGCCAUGACAUAGCCAUAUGACUCAUACAUCCAAAAUAGUUAUAACAAAUUGAUCCACAGAAAACAUUUAGGAUGUUCACUUGCUUUAUUACACAACAUAUAAAAGCAAUGCUGUAGCUUUAAUGCUACUUAACAUACUGACAGUGACAUAGGCUUCUACAUUUUUCUUACAUGUCUAUAGUCACAUAUAUUGCUUCUUACUACUGAAACGUUAUCAGUAUACAUAAGAUAUAAUCAUGGACAUCUCUGUGCUAUAAGAUCUGAUUUUGGAAGUUCCACACUUAUCACUGAUGAAUUAAAUUGUACUUCCUGAAGUGCCAACCACGUA